AUGGCGGUCGUCGAGGCUGGAGCGCGGGCCACGUUCGGAGCCUGGGAUUACGCGGUCUUCGCCCUCAUGCUGCUGGUGUCCACAGGCAUCGGGCUGUGGGUCGGGCUGGCGCGGGGCGGGCAGCGCAGCGCCGAGGACUUCUUCACCGGGGGCCGGCGCCUGGCCGCCCUGCCCGUCGGCCUCUCGCUGGCCGCCAGCUUCAUGUCGGCCGUACAGGUGCUGGGCGUGCCCGCCGAGGCCUACCGCUACGGCUUCAAGUUCCUCUGGAUGUGCCUGGGACAGUUGCUCAACUGCCUGCUCACCGCCCAGCUCUUCAUGCCCGUCUUCUACCGCCUGGGCCUCACCAGCACCUACCAGUACCUGGAGCUGCGCUUCAGCCGCGGUGUGCGGCUCUGCGGGACCCUGCAGUACCUGGUAGCCACAGUGCUGUAUACUGGCAUCGUGAUCUACGCCCCCGCGCUCAUCCUGAAUCAAGUGACUGGGUUGGACAUCUGGGCCUCGCUGCUGUCCACUGGAGCCAUCUGUACCUUCUACACGACUGUGGGCGGCAUGAAGGCUGUGGUCUGGACUGAUGUGUUCCAGGUCGUGGUGAUGCUAACUGGCUUCUGGGUUGUCCUGGCCCGCGGGAUCAUGCUGGUGGGUGGGCCCAGGCACAUGUUUGAGAUUGCCCAGAACCACUCCCGGAUGAACCUGAUGGACCCCCGCCAGUACAUGCCUUUGCUGGUGCUGGACAUCUUCAAGGACCUGCCUGGAGUCCCUGGGCUCUUUCUGGCCUGUGCCUACAGUGGGACCCUCAGCACCGCGUCCACCAGCAUCAACGCCAUGGCUGCGGUCACCGUGGAGGACCUCAUCAAACCCCGGCUGCCCAGCCUCGCACCCCGGAGACUCGUAAUGGUCUCCAAGGGGCUCUCACUCAUCUAUGGCUCAGCCUGUCUCAUCGUGGCAGCUCUGUCCUCGCUGCUGGGGGGAGGCGUCCUCCAGGGCUCCUUCACCGUCAUGGGAGUCAUCAGCGGCCCCCUCCUUGGAGCCUUCAUCCUGGGGAUGUUUCUUCCCGCCUGCAACACGCUGGGCGUCCUCUCUGGGCUGGCCACCGGCUUGGCGCUCUCACUGUGGGUGGCCGUUGGCGCCACUCUAUACCCGCCUAGCACCCAGUCCUUGGGAGUCCUGCCAUCAUCGGCUGCCGGCUGUGUCGUGCCCUCAGCCAACUCCUCUGGCCUCCUGGGCCAGCUCCUGGCCACCAACACCUCCAGCAGGAACCCCAGCCCUAAAAUGGACCUUGAUCGACCCGCCUUAGCUGACAACUUCUAUGCCAUUUCCUAUCUUUACUAUGGAGCCCUGGGCACGCUGAGCACUGUUCUAUGUGGAGCCCUCAUCAGCUGCUUGACAGGCCCCACCAAGCGCAGUGCCUUGAGUCCUGGGCUGCUGUGGUGGGAUCUUGCACGGCAGACAGCAUCGGUGGCCCCCAAGGAAGAAGUGGCUACCUUGGAUGACAGCUUAGGGAAGGGUGCUGAGGAACUGCCCCCUGGAACCAAGAGGCCUCCUGACUUCCUGCCCACUGAUGAGGACCACCUGCUCUUCCUGGGGCAGAAGGAGGUGAAUGGAGCUGGCUCCUGGACCCCCAGGAGUGCACAUGACCGUGGUCAGGACCUUCGGGAGACAGACCUCUGAACCAGCAGGGGACUGACCACCUGGGAUGGAACCUCAGGGUGGGCCAUCCCAGGCCACAGAACAGCCUUGGGCUCCAAUUGGCUGGACUGUGUCCUAUGCAAAUGAGUUUGGGAUCCCUGCCCUAUGGAAAGAGGUGAAGCCCUGCCUUUGGGAGGUCAUUUUAUCCAGCCCCCUUCCAGCCAGCCCCUAGUCUUCAAUGCUGCACCCUUGCCUGCUCCCCCAAAAUGAAGCCAGAUUUCUCUCUACGUACAAUAGAAAGAUGUUGGAGUCCCCUCUGGACAACAUGGGAAAACUCCAGGCCCAACAUUAAGGUCUGAGAAAGUCUCCAGUGCUUCUCUGGAACAUGUCUGAAUAUUAGCAAGGAUUUGGGAGGUCCUCAGGCACAACCCCCUGCACCCCAUUUUACAGAUGGGGAAACUGAGGCCUGGAAAGGGGCAACAACUUGACCAAGGUCACAGAGCACACCAGAGAUUCAUUGAGAGUUGGGAAACCAGCUCUUCCACCUUCACCGCCUCCCUGUUUUCCUCCCUUUGGAGGGUCAGACAUCACAUGGCCCCUGACCUUGGGAGCAAGAAGGGAGGAUAAAGGAGAAAUAACAUUUUCGAUCUUCCUCUAAUGCCUGGACACUAUGUAUCUCAUCCAUUAAGGAGCGUGAACCCACUUCACAGAGGAAUAAACUAAGGCUCAGUGAGGUGGCCUGAGGUUACAGCAAGUCGGGUCUGGGCAGGGACGGACCUGGGAGCUGCAUGAUGCUGAAGGUCUAUUGCCAACAUGUCACUGGUGGACAGGGUCAGAUAGGUUAGGCAAACCCAUGUCCUGGGGAUGCGCUUGACUUUGGAUGGAGAUUUAAUCCACGCACAUCCAAUAAACGG